CUAGCAGUCAUCCUCAUGAUAUUAUUUCGUCUAUGUGCUUUUAAUGCAGGUCACGAGUUGGAACCAUUUAUCCUUUUCCGAAUCAUAGAAGUUCUGCACUCAUCCUACAAAGCUGGCCAUAUCCAGAUUGCAGAUUAUAUUAGCUUCUUCAUCACUUUGCUUUCACGCUUUCAAGUUUAUCCUGAGAAAAUCUAUCCUACUAAGAAGCAUGAAGGGAAGUCAAAUCGUGGAACCUUCAAAUCAGUUGUUAGGGCUGUUUGUUCUUGUUUGUCGCAGAUUGGAGAUGAUGUGCUCGUUCUGCAGUUGCUGGAAAAAGUUGUUCUUGAUGAGAUAUCUCACAAACGACCAGUAGAUAACAUAUAUGGUUUUAUAAGAUUGCUUAUCACACUGGAUUCAAAACCUACAAGACUUUCCGAGCAGACAAUAAAUAGAUUAAGCGAUGUCCUUCCGGAGUACUUCUUAGACGUUAUGACUCACAUUCCAGAGGAAGAUAAUGAGUCUUCUAAGAUAUUGAUUCGACAGACGAGGCAUUAUUACCUCCUUCCUGGUUUUUUCCUACUUGAUAGGAGUAACAUACUGUUAAAUCAGAUAUUGAAAGUGAUGGAAUCAUUCAUCAGUGCCAAUGUUUCAACGCUUUUGCCUCAUCAGGAUGGUGCUUUGGUGAAGGAUCAUUCAAGCAGAAUUCUUUCUAUAGCCUCUGUUCUCUUGCUUAUGCAUGGGGAUGUUAAGAUGCAGAAACUUCUUCUGGCAUGCAAGACACAGAUUACGAAUAUAUUACAAAGCAUGCUAACGCUAAAGUCUUCUGGGGAUAUUACCAUAUCAAUUGAAGAAAGACAUAAAAUUCGAAGUGCUUAUGAUAGACUGGUUGCAGCCAUUAGCACAUUGGAAUACGACUAACCUGGAUAGCAUGUUCGAGACUCAAUGGAGUUCAUGGUUAAGAAAGAGUUCAGCAACACAAUAGUCAUUCAAUUUUCUUUGAUGACAUCUAAAAGCUAACGUCUGCCAAUAGAGUGGAGAAAUUAUGGGACACAUUUGGCAGAAGAUAAACGGCAUUCAGUAAGUUGUGAGAAACGGAAGUGUCAAGUCUGUUCUGUUGCAAGAACUCAAGAGACAUCUCUGUCAACGGUGAACAUCAUAAGCCUUGUUAAGUCAACAGUGUAAGCUAUGUUGUCAGUGACUCAAUCUGAUGUCAACUCAAGUAAUGAUUCGGAUGCUAUUUGGCAAUUUGAUUUUCCCAUCUGCAGGUUUAGGAUAAGUUACAAUUACAAUCGAGUCUCAUUUCGUAGGGUAGUCCAUAAUAGUCACCACCCUACAUUUUAUAGUCACAUUUGUAAUUUUGUGUUCUUGCCAUAAUGAGAAAAGGCAGAGAGAGAAUGAAGGCAUAUAGGUAUAGGAUCCAACAGCAUAUGUCAGGGCUCUAGCAUUUCCUUCAAGCUGAGUUUUGCAAUGAAUUCUAAUAACAAGUUAUUUUCGAAUGUAAAGCAACUCGAAGGCCGAUUUAAGUAGUAGUAUUUGCAUUAUGUUCGUUA